CAAAAAUAUUAAAAAAUAUUCAUAAUAAAAUAAAAUUAAAUAAGAAAUGAGCUGCUGCUUCCGGGGAUGUUUCAACACGCGGAAUAGCUGUAGGAAUACAGCUGUAAAACAUUUCAAAUUUCCUGUUGUGCCGUAUUUACGGGAAAAGUGGAUGAAGGAUUGCGGAUUAAGCGAGCAGCAAUUGCCAAGGGAACCGUUUGUGUGUUCCAAUCAUUUUUUAAGUACAGAUUUGAUUGCGCGGAACGGUCGUGCACUGCUAAGCCGAGGUGCCAUCCCCGGAGCCGAAAUCGAUCAACAACCAAGCGGCAUGGACGAUGACAAUGAAUAUUGUAUAGACGACGCCAGCGAAUCCCCUUUCGUUGGGAUAUCAAGAAAAAGAGUCAGGAAAGGAUACGUCAGCGUUUCAACGCAAACUGAGUAAGUUUUUUUAUGGCGAUACCAACGAAUUAAUACAUUACACGGUAACACACUAUACGUAACGGCUCUCAGAAGCGGUGAAGUAAAUACAUCAUGGCUUUCAGCGACGAUGAAAUGAUUGGUUAUGGCAAUCGAUGCAUUCAGACGGAAAUCUAAGGAGACUUGUACCGCGGCUCUCGUAGUCGCAUUACAUUAGUAGGGGCUGGUAAGGACGGUAGUGUCAGUUUAAGCCGUGAAGGCCGGAGGAUGUCGGCAGGGAA